AAAAAAAUUACAAAAAAUAAAAGUCACAUCGAUUCAAUAAGCUCAUGUUUUCUUCUUGUUUAUGAAAACAUGAUUUGGGUUUUGGCUUCUAUAUGGAUUUUCCUACGGAACUAUGUUCGUCAUUGCAUUGGGUCCAUACUCACAUACAUAUUCAGAAAAAAGGAUCUUGUUGCACUAACUUCAAAUGAAGAUUAUGAUAUUGAUGAGUUCACAAAAGGGCUAGCUGAUUUUUUGUUUCCAAGCUAUGAAGAGUUUCUUAUAGCAUAUGAAGAACAAGAACAAGAAACAGAAACAAAGUAUUGUGUUUUAGUGGAAAAUAAUUGUGAUUUUCGAGAUGAUGAUGAAAAGGGAAUAGAAGGAAUAGAUUGUUAUAAUUUUAUUGAAGAUGGUAAUUUUAUGCACAAUGUCUUUGAUGGUUUUCAUGAUAUGAAUUUGGAUGAAAAUGAAACAUUUAUGCAUUGUCUCUUUGAUGGUUUUCCUGAAGAUGCUAUAGAAAUUAAUGAUAAUGAAAGAGAGAACCCUGUUUUUGAAGAAGGUGAUUCCAAUUUUCAUCAAGAUGAUAGGAAGAGUGUGGAAAAAGUUCAAGAAGUGGAAGAAGAAGUAGAAGAAGAAGCAAAUGGUUGUAAUUUUAUUGAUACUAGCUAUGCUACUACAACAACAAGUAAGUGUCAAUUUGUGUUACAAAAAGAUAUUGAUAGUUUGGAAAAAGAGCCUAGGAUCUCAAGUCUCUCUUUCUUAAGAAAUGUUUCUUAUGACAAUGUAUUUUUUAACACUAAAAAUAUACAUAAUUUAGAUGAAGAUGAGUAUCUUCAAGAACAUAGAAAAUUCACCUCAAGCUCCAACUUUGGUGAAAGUAACAACACCAAUGAUUGUUCUUUGAGUUCUAUUAUUCCUUGUGAAGAUAUUGAAAGUGAAAGUCUUAAGGAAGUUGAAGAUUCGAAGGAAACUCAAUUUUCAUGUGAUAGAGAAGAAGUCUCACGAGGUUUCCUUGAUUGCAAAAAUGAAAAGGAAAGUUCUUUAUACCAUAAAGAAGAAACUUAUGAUGGUCUCUCGGAGAAAAUUGAAGAUGACGAUGAUGAUGAUGAAUGUGAUUGGGACAAUAAUGAGAUAAUGAAACAAAUUAAAUUGAAAUUGAAGUAUGCAAGACAAGGAGGACUUUCCACAAUUUUCGAAGAGGAAGAAGAACAAGAAGAUGAUGAAGAAGAAAAAGAAUACUCUUUAAAAGAUGUUGAAAUGAUAAAGACAUUGAGUAUGAAAUACAAAGAUCAAGAGAAGAUGAAAUAUGAAGAUCGUAAUGUUGAAAUUCAAAAGGUUUAUAGAUGUUAUGCGCAGAAAAUAAGAAAACUUGAUCUCUUGAAUUUUCAAGUCAUGCAUGCCAUUGAUUGCAUUCAGCUAAAAGACCCUUUAUUGAUGCAAAAAUCAACCAUCAGACAUAUCAAGCCUCUAGUGAUCCCUCAGACUUUGGGGUCACUCAAAGCAAAAAAGAAUAUAUUUGACCCACUGUUGAAACUUGUAAAUGAUUUGCAUUGGGAUUUGGAACUUGUUUAUGUUGGAAAAAAUUGUCUCUCUUGGGAAAUCCUAUGUUGGGAGCAUGUGAAAAUGAAACAUUGUGAUGCACAACUGCCUCAUAGGUAUGAUUUAGUUGCUAGUGAAUUUCAACUUUUUCAAGUCCUCAUACAAAGCUUAUUAGAGGACAAUCUGUUUGAAAAAGAUAGCAUAAAGGACGAUAAAAGAAUCAACUGGGGUGAAGAAGACGCCAUUGCGCGUGAAAACUUAGAUGAGAUAAUUAAGGAAUCAAUGCAAAAGUUUUUAGAGUUUGUCAAAACAUAUAAAGAUGACAAAAAUGUGUUCCACAAAGUACCGCGUUAUAGAAUGAAUGAGAUCAAGGACAAAGAAAUUUCAGAACUUCUUGAGGAUAUUCAAACUCAAUUGCAUAAGAAGGAGAGAAAGGUGAAGGAGAAAUUAAGAAGUGGGAAUUGGAUAAUAAGAAAGUUUCAGAAACAAAAUGAGAGUCAAAUUCAACUAGAUCAUGAGCAGUUGUUGGCUCAAGUGGGAUUGAGGUUGAUUUCAAAGGUGAUUAGCAUGGAAAAGUUGAGAAAAGAUCACCUAAUAUGGUGUAGUGAAAAGUUAAACCAAAUCAAAUUUGGUGACAAAAAGGUUCAAGUAGAGCCUUCUGUUUUUCUUUUUCCUUGUUGA